GUGAGUGAGUGUUGCCGUCUUCUCCGCUGUCACCUGCUCUAAACGAGUGCACCGCAUCUGUUUUUUAAGUAUAUAGUUUGAUUCUGUUUUUGAGGACCAUCGAGAGGCUCUGCAGCGAUGUCUACCGGGGACGUGAGUGGGGAGACUAACGAUGACGUCGAUGAGGUCAUGACAAGAUACGCAGAGCUUGGCGGUGAAGUAAUUGUGACCAACCUCGAGGCUACGGGAAAUGGCGGAACUACACUGGGGCUAUCGAUAGCGGGUAAUAAAAACCGCAACAAGAUGUCCGUCUUUAUCUGCGGGAUCCAUCCCAAUGGGGUAGCUUCGCAAGAAGGCACUCUCAAAGUGGGCGAUGAGAUACUUGAGGUGAACGGUAGCGUAAUCUUUGGGAGAUCACAUCUCAACGCGUCAGCAAUCAUCAAAUCUUUCACUGGACCCAUCUACAAAAUUUCCAUUCUUCGACGAGACAACGCAAUGGAGGAAAUGGCAGUCAAGCCACUCACAACCUAUCCCCUACAUUUGGAUAACCAGGCCGACUAUUCAUCCUACAAAGACAUCAAGAAUAUUGUGGUUCGCAAGGGUAGCUGCCGUUUAGGUCUCAUGAUCAUCGAAGGACGACAUCCCGAUGCGGGACAAGGGAUAUUCGUCUCGGACAUUCAAGAGGGAAGCCCGGCUUUCCAAGCAGGUCUCGCCAUUGGCGACAUGAUCCUUUCAGUCAACCAGCAAGACCUUGUUGGAGCGGACUACGAGAGAGCAGUACAAAUUUUGAAAGCCAACGAGGGCACGGUCCAGUUCACGAUAGCGAAACCCACUCGGGAUCCGUCUAACUUGAGCGUCAUCAAAAGGAAAGCCUCAUCCUUUGAGGCCAACCAACAUCAGUUGAACUCCAAACAGGGCUCUCAUACGAGAAAAUCAAUGGGGCCUUUCAGUCGGAAGUGCGCCUCACCCACGGCAGAAAUCCCUCAUUCACCUUCCAUGCAAUCUCAGCUAGCGUACACACCCCUCUCAAGAUCGUCCUGCAAUGCACCGCGGUAUACUGUGAGCGAGAGCAUAGUCACAGGCGAGGAGACAAUCAUUGAGAUCUCGAGAGAUAAAAUCGGUCUGGGCCUCAGUGUGAUCGGAGGGGCCGAUACCCCCCUCGGCGCUAUCGUUGUCCAUGAGAUUCUCGAGCAUGGAGCAGCACAUCAAGAUGGCCGACUGAAAGUCGGCGAUCAGAUCGUUGAGUUGAACGGCAUAGAUUUAUCCACUGCUACACACGAACAGGCGAUCAAUGCACUCCGACAGGUCAGCUCGCCAGUUCGAAUGGUUGUUUAUCGAGACACGGAGCAGAAUCUCAACGUCAACAACGAGACUUUCGACGUAGAGAUUGCAAAGAAAGCUGGUCGCGGACUCGGUGUGUGUAUCGUGUCGAGGAACGACCCUCCCGGCGGAGUUUUCAUUUCGGAAGUUGUCGCGGGGGGAGCCGUCGAGCAGGAUGGCCGUCUUUACCAAGGAGACGAGAUUCUCGAAAUUAAUGGUCAGGAUGUCAAGCAAGCUUCUCCCGAAUAUGCGGCUGCUCUGCUCAAGCUGGCCAACGGUAGCGUGAGCAUGAAGAUCGGUCGUCUGAAACCCAGUAAAAACAUCUAACAGCGAACCUUCUCGGCGUUGUCGGAUUCGAGAGUACUCCGCUCUAGUC